AUGGAGGUGAAGAUUAUGGAUGAAAUGCCAACAUUGUUUCAAGGAAAUAGCAUGAAACGUGAGAAGAAAAUAAACCAAAGUUGUACAUCCAGACUUCCUUAUUUAUCACCCAACCGAGGAGAGAAAUUGGACCUUCAUUACUUGAUCCAAAAGAGCAUAGCAGCUAAGUUGGCAAAGACCUCAGAAUUCCAAGGAAUAAAAUAUGUUACAAAUUGUGAUGACCUGAGAAGCUGCUCAGAAAAACUUUCCAUUCACAAGCUCGCGUUAGAAGGGAAUUGGCAAGCAGCCAAGGGCAUGAUAGACAAAGAAAACAAGUUGAUAAAUGCUUCCAUAACAACUUUUGGGUUUACACUACUGCACAUUGCAGCAGGUGCAAAUCAAAUUGAAUUUGUGAAGCUGCAGAUAUUAUGGUGGAUGAUCAAGGGCUUCAUUUCAGCCCCUGCAAGGUCACUGUUUCAACCAGUGGGCUUGUUCCGCAGCUCAGACGUUUCCUUCACGAAUCCAACUGCACUUGCUUCUUGA